GAAAUGUUUGUUUAUGUUUAGAUACCCCUACUCAUACUCGGUGAGCUGUGCUGCAAGCAUAUGAAUAUAUUGGCUGGAAAGGACAGGUCAUACUAGGGAAGACUUGUGUAUGGUAGAACCAAAAAUGGUGUCAGACAGUGAGCCAUGUGUCUUCAUCUAUGGUCCAGAGGCCACCAUAGUGAAUAGAAUCAUUCAUUACAUGGCGGGCGCGGGCGCCGAGCGGCAGGCCGUCUCCGACAUGGCCGUCUGCUAUCCGUGGCACGUCGACAACAAGUACUACACGGCCGACGUGCGGCUGUGCCACGUGCAGCGGAAGGGCCUGCCGGACCAGGCGCUGGCCGACCGCUGCGAGGCCGUCAUCAUCUACUUCAACUCGGACGAGGCGAAUGGUCUGGACGAGGUCGACUCGAUCCUGACGUUUACCAAGGAGUUUGAGCCGGACGUGUGUAUGCUGGUGUGUGAGACGUGCAGCGAGAACACGCCCGUCUCGCGGCUCAGAGCUCAGGAGUGGUGCGUCAGCCACGGCUUCGAGCUGGUCGAGUUGUCCCCCGCGGACGAGGCCGAUCCCGAUGACGACUUUCCCGAGACGACGGGCGUGCAGCGGAUAGUACAGGCGCUGCACGCGCACACCUGGUCCAACCUGGAGAUGAAGGAUCACCAGCCUCCAGUGUCCAACAAACUGGUGAACGACGUCACGGCUGAGCGGGUACCGGACAACGCCACCCAGGGCAGCGGGGGCGGGGGCGACGCGGAGACGACGCCGGCGUCCCAGACGGCCGCCGAGGACGCCGCCACCGCCGCCUCUGUCGACACGCUGGUCACGGAGCUGGCCGGUCUGAUGGGCUCCGGCGGCGGCGGCGGCGACCCGUCCGAGCCCGGCGGCGCCGACGACUUUGAGCUGCUGUUCUCCCAGCUGUCAGAGCUGAGGGCGGCCGCCGCGCGCGCACCGCCCCACCAGCGACACGAGAUGGCCGAGCGGGUGGCGAUGGCCUUCCUCCGGUCCAUGGGCGGGGACGAGGACGGGGAGGACUCGGAUUGAGGACUGCUGGGACGGGGAGGACUCGGAUUGAGGACUGCGGACUGCCGGAGGGACUGGUGGGACGGGGACCGACCAGGGGCCGCGGGGGGGGGGGGGAAUCCGCCUGUUAUCUGUGUUUGGAAUGGAGUCAUGUUAUGUCAGUGAUGGAAACGGUGAGAGGUGUCGCUCGUUGAUUGGAUAUUUGUCGUGUUUGGUGAUGGUGCCUAUGGUGCCGCUCAUUGUCCUCGCAAAAUGGUAGGUUUGGCCGUCAUUUUGAUGGGCUAACUCCAAAGCGUUGGUACGGGAGACGAAACUGGACUGGACCUUCCAAACGUUACGUUUUUUUUUAAGUUUCGUAGUAGACCGGACAAUAUUUACUCUGCAACUAAGCUGUACCUUUCUCUCGUAUAUGUAAUUGCUGUUUGAAGGCUUAUCGCUACACCCUGUCUUGCUUUUCGCUGCGCGAGGACAUCCUGUUUUUCUCCGUGUCUUUUGCUCAUGUGUUCAUUUAUUUUUUCCGUUACGUUCAACCACGCAUCAUGUUAUUCUUUGUGCAUGUUCAGCCUCGGAGUGAUGAGUUAUUUUUUUGAUGCUGUAUUGUAUGUUGUGCGAUAAUAAGCUCUAGGAUACUGUUAUACGCACCGUAUAUCGUGUCUGUGAACCAUGCCGUGUACCGGCAAUAUGUCGACCACCUUCGUCGGACCAUAUGUUCCACAGGUACACGUCAGCAAUGGGUAUUUUGUUAUGUCCGGCGGGCUGUGUUAAUACGGUGAGAUGAUACAUAUGUCUGAAAUACACGUGUAUAUCAGUGA